GGCGGCCGGUCUACAGAGCCGGGCCCGUCCCCUUCGCCCUUUCGCUCCGCUGCGGCCCCCUCGGGCGCCCCGCCGCCGGCCCCGCCUCCGCCUGCCUGAUUGGCUUCCGCACCCUCCUCGUCUCGGCCUUCCCGCCGCCAUGCAGCGCUCCCUGCGCCCCCUCUGCCGCUUCAGCUGUGCCUGGGCCGGCCGAGAGCUGCAGCCGCCUCCCCGCGCCCCUCCGCCCCCCGGCCGCCCUCCGCGACGGACCAUGGCUAGUACUGACGCUUUUAGAAUAGAAUACGAUACCUUUGGAGAACUGAAGGUUCCAAAUGACAAAUAUUACGGUGCCCAAACGGUGAGAUCCACAAUGAACUUUAAGAUUGGCGGUGUGACUGAACAGAUGCCAGUGCAGGUAAUAAGAGCUUUCGGCAUCUUAAAACGAGCAGCUGCUGAAGUAAAUCAGGAUUAUGGUCUUGAGCCAAAGAUUGCCAAUGCUAUUAUGAAGGCAGCAGAUGAGGUAUCGGAAGGUAAAUUAAAUGGCCAUUUUCCUUUGGUGGUGUGGCAGACUGGCUCUGGAACUCAGACCAACAUGAAUGUCAAUGAAGUCAUCAGCAACAGAGCCAUUGAGAUCCUGGGAGGCAGACUGGGAAGCAAGGACCCGGUGCAUCCAAACGAUCAUGUUAAUAAAAGCCAGAGCUCCAAUGACACGUUCCCAACCGCCAUGCAUAUUGCUGCUGCCCAGGAAGUUCAUGAAGUAUUGUUACCAGGGCUACAGAAGCUUCAUGAUGCCCUUGAUGCCAAAUCAAAAGAAUUUUCCAGGAUUAUUAAAAUUGGACGAACUCAUACUCAAGAUGCUGUUCCUCUUACUCUUGGGCAGGAAUUUAGUGGUUAUGUGCAGCAAGUCAAGUAUGGCAUCAUUAGGAUUAAAUCAGCCAUGCCAAGGGUUUAUGAGUUGGCAGCUGGUGGCACUGCGGUUGGCACAGGACUAAACACAAGAAUUGGUUUUGCUGAGAAAGUGGCCGCUAAGGUGGCUGCACUCACAGGGUUGCCUUUUGUUUCUGCUCCAAACAAAUUUGAAGCGCUUGCUGCCCAUGAUGCUCUCGUUGAGCUCAGUGGGGCAAUGAACACUGUGGCUUGCAGCCUAAUGAAGAUAGCCAAUGACAUCCGUUUCCUGGGUUCUGGACCACGCUCUGGUCUAGGGGAGCUAAUCUUGCCUGAAAAUGAACCUGGAAGCAGCAUUAUGCCAGGAAAAGUGAAUCCUACUCAGUGUGAGGCCAUAACCAUGGUGGCAGCUCAAGUGAUGGGAAAUAAUGUCGCUGUUACGGUAGGAGGCAGCAGCGGCCACUUUGAGUUGAAUGUCUUCAAACCAAUGAUUAUUAAAAAUGUGCUACACUCUGCACGGCUCCUAGGAGAUGCUUGCGUUUCUUUUACUGAUAAUUGCGUGGUUGGAAUCCAAGCCAACACAGAGAGGAUUAACAAACUCAUGAGUGAGUCACUGAUGUUAGUAACAGCCCUUAAUCCCCACAUAGGUUAUGACAAGGCAGCAAAGAUUGCCAAAACUGCACAUAAAGAAGGGACAACAUUAAAAGAAAUGGCUAUCAAGCUUGGAUUUCUUACAGCAGAACAGUUUGAUCAGUGGGUAAAGCCAGAAGAUAUGUUAGGACCGAAGUAAUUUUAAUGAAACUCAUAUAAAUGAAAAAUAAAUUAUAUAAACAAAAAAAUGUUGCAUGUGCCUGUUACUAAUCCAGUGAUUGCAUUCUAUUGUCAUGGUAGGUGUGGUGACAUAACCCUUGUAGAUUUGCUAGAAAAAGAUUUUACUUACAGUUUGUAUAAACUGUCCAGAUUAUUAGGAAUUCUGAAUAUAUAGUGCUGUCUGAAUUCAUAAAAUCAAUUAUACAGUAAAAGUCAAUUCAUCCUCUUCUGUAGGGAAAGCUGUCUGCACCUGCAAAUUAAAUCUUGCUAGAGAACAAUGAAGUUAUGUUGAGUAGCUUUAUUGCUAAGUUCUUGCUGUAGACAAGGCGAACAAUACUGUGAAACAAAAUUUAUUAGGUAUUUGAGAUGCCUCCCACUUCCUCUUGAAAAAAGGAUAUUACUCAGCUGUGUAGUUUGGGUCUCGUGUGAGAGCAGCAGUUGAGCAGCCAAUUAUACGGGGUGGGUGGCCAGGCAGAGGCCAGGACAGCAAUAAUGUAAGGGUGGGUUAUAGGUAAGGAGAGGAAUUUAUAUGGUAAAUUUACACAGGUUUAACUGUAAUUUGUACAUGACAAAAGCCAAAAGAAGUUAACUAGGGUGACCUUUGUCUCUAAAGCAAGGGUGUCAAACAUAUGGCCUGCUGGCUGGAUCCAGCCCCUCCAGGGCUGUUAUCCACCUGCCGAGCAAGCGGGGGUGGGGGGUGGGGGAGGUGAGGCUAGAGGCUGCUCCAGGGCUGGAGUAGGGUGUAUCUACCCACGUCCUUUUCUCUCUCAGAUUUAGGAUCACAGACCAUUUUAGUGUAUCUUUUUUUUUUUAACUUACCACCUCCCAUCUGAGCCUCUUGAUGGGCUGUGUGUGAGCUGCAGGAGGGGUUGGUACAUUUCAUUCAGUGCUUCUGAGGCACAGGGCUUAGACAGGAAUAUAUCUGGUUGCUUUUUCCUGGCCCUUUUCUGCUUUCUUCCAAACCUUUCUUCUUCCACUCCCGUCCCCCAGUCUCAGUUCCCUUUCUUAUCCAUUUGGGAAGCAAAGGAUUUUGCGGGGAGGGACUGCAAAAUGUGAGGGAAGCCAUGUGCUGGAAUGCAGUUUCCCUUCGUAAAACAAAUACAGGGUUGAAUAUAGAAUGAAGCAAAAAGGAGACCAGAGUUUUUUCUUUGCUGAAAUGUUUACCCAUUCCCACCCACCACUUGGGUUACAAAUGUUUUGCCUUGCAGGAUUUACUUUCAUUCUUUCUUUAAAAAAAAAAGUUUACUGGGAAGAUAUUCGUCUCCAAGCAGGCAAGACAACAAUGCAAAUGAAAAUUAUUAGCCCAGUUGUAGAAGGUAUCAGACUGUUAAUUUUGUCCCUCCUGACACUAUAAUUCAUUGAUGUUUAUGAUUUUAGAGAGGGAAAGAGUAUAAACACCAUGCCCAAUGCUAACAAAUUGUCUAGUAAUGAUUAUAUAGAAUACACAUAUCUUUAAAAGAACAUUUUAUUUGAUGUAUGGCAACUAGUAACAUCCAGAACACUGGAAGUAGUUUAGGUACCACAUCACUAGUAUGUUUCUUUGUAUUUUGAUCACAGCCAUAUGGAACCCAAUAUCCUAAGGAACAAUGUCCUAAGGACAAAAACUUCUUUAUGGAUCAAAUGCAAAAAUAUGCUAUCCUAGAAAU